AUGGAUCCAAAUACUACUACAAGUACUGCAAGUCACCAGCAUCAACAAGAGCAGGAGCUUUUACUGGACUAUACAGUACCCAACCCCCCUGUAUCCACCCAACAAUCCAAUGCCGUAAUCUCCGAACAACAACAACAGCAACAAAAAGACCAGCAAAACAAAAAUCAAAAUGAAGAUGAACAACAGCAGCAGCAACAGCAACAGCAGCAACAGCAGCAACAACAACACUCUACUUCGUCUUCAGCAUCUACGCCCACUGCUACGCCAAAAAGGGAAAGCUUGGAAAUCUCACCACCAAUGCCUCGGACAUUAUGGAUGGGCGAUUUGGACUCGUGGUUGGACGAAGAACAAAUCACGCAGCUUUGGUGGAACAUUUUACAAAAGAAAGUUAUGGUAAAGUUGAUCAGACCAAAAACCAUAAAGAUAGAUGCCAAUUACAAAGGAAUGACCAAUUCGGGAUAUUGUUUUGUUGAGUUUGAAACUUUUGAAGACGCGCAACAAGCUUUGAGUUUGAAUGGCCAAUUGUUACCCGAUGUUGCCAUGCCCUCACAACAACAAUUUCCCAACAAUCCAGAUAACCAAAAGAAAUACUUUCGCCUCAAUUGGGCUAGUGGAGCCACAUUGAGUGCGCCGAUUGUGCAAUUGCCUGAAUACUCAUUGUUUGUUGGUGAUUUGUCUGCCUCGACUACCGAGGCACAUUUGUUGGCGUUCUUUCAAAAGCAAUUUCCCGACUCUAUAAAAACCGUGAGGGUCAUGACAGACCCCAUUUCAGGAAAAUCUAGAUGUUUUGGAUUUGUUCGGUUUACGGAUGAGCUGGAGAGACAAAGGGCAUUGGACGAAAUGAAUGGUGCGUGGUUUGCUGGUCGUCCACUAAGAGUUGCUUUGGCAACACCAAGAAGCAACAACUUCAACCGAAGAUUCAAUCAUAACAAUAAUAACAAUAACAACAACAACAACAAUAACAUUCACAUCAACGGUAUUAAUCAUAAUGACAAUUAUCAAAACAUUGGUUUAGGGCCCGGUCCUUUUUUGCAAAGACCGCCGAAUCAGCUCCGAACUCCUCUGUCUGGACACCUCCCACCAGAGAUGAUGUUUGUGCCUCCUCCGCCUAUGGGCCCCCCAAUAGUCCCGCCUUCUAUGGGCGCAAUUGGUGCAGUUGGACCACCUCAUGGUGCUGGACAGCACCCACCAGCUACUGCACUAGGACCACCUCCUCCCUCACUGCAGCAGCAGCAGCAGCAACAACAACAACAGUCGCAACAGUCACAGCAGUCGCAAGCUCCAAUCAGUGGAAGUCCUAUAUUCGGCUAUUAUCAGCAGCCAGGUAUUUACCACUCGCCAAACCUGUCGUUACUGCAAGAUAUUCCAGAUUCUGGAUACCCCAACUAUUUUUCUCCUGAGUACCAACAACAACAACAACAACAACAGCAACAACAACCACAGCAGCCUAUUUAUUCACAGUUGCAACGACAUCCUUCUUUCACACCACAGAUGCACCACCACCAUCACCAACAACAACAAUCGCAACAACAAAACUCACAAUUUUCUGAUACUAGCAACACUACAGUAUUUGUUGGUGGUCUUUCUUCAGAAGUUACAGAGGCUACUUUAUUUACUCUUUUUAAACCAUUUGGUACCAUUUUGCAAAUCAAAAUUCCACCAGGCAAAAACUGUGGAUUUGUAAAGUAUGCUACUAGGGAAGAAGCCGAAGAGACGAUAUCAGCAAUGCAGGGUUUUAUCAUUGGCGGUAAUAGGGUUAGAUUGAGUUGGGGAAGAGUCUCAAUGAAUAAUCGAAGAUACAAUCAUCGUCAGGGUCACGGUCAGCAUCAAAGCCAACAACAGCAACAGCAACAACAGCAAGCUGCCCAGAUGCAAAUUGCAGCUGCGAUAUCAAUGGGAAUGGAUCCAGCAAGCGCUAUAGCUGCCGUCAAUGCUAAUGCUGCUGCUGCUGCCGCUGCUGCUGCAGGUGGAUAUCCUGGUACAAUACCACCACCUCGCCAACAUAGUCAGCAUCAGAUUCCAUUGGGGAACCUGCUUUCCGGAAUACCACCGCCACCGCCACUGCUGCUGCAACAGCAACAACAACAACAAAUGGGAAUUCCUUUUGGUAGCAACGGUGGUAAUCCUUAUAAUCUAUAUCCGGAUUACCAAGAAUACUACCAGCUGAACAUGACCCAUUUCCGCACACCAUCAGCAGAUGAGUUGGAUUCUACAGAUACUACUGGUUUAUUGGGAAUUUCCACCACCAAUGAUAGAGGCGAUAGUGAGUAUAAUAAUGGAAAUGGAAACAUCGAAGAAAGUAGAGGCCUGCUGUUUAAUACUACUCCAUUGAAGAGUUCAUUUGACCCUUCUGUAGCUUAUUUGUCUAAAGGGAAAGAAAAUAGCAAGAAUGAUAAGGAAGAUGAGAGGGAAUAUCCUAAUGAUGGAGAUGAUGAUGAAGAUGCUGGUGAUGUUGGUGAAGGGGAUGCUCCGGAGGAUGAGUUGGUAAAGAAAAUGAAAGAGGUAGGUAUAAAUGAAGCCGACAGAGGUGAACAUGACAAAAAUGGAAAAGAGGAAACUAGCAAGAGCAGUAAAGGAUGA